AACCCAACUAGCUCUAACUAUACAGCAUUCUCGCAUGAUGCGUCAACAUUUCCUGCUACAAGUACGGUCACAUCUGGUCUCAUUAAUGAAAAUGAAAUACAAGAUGCAAAUGUAAUCAUGUAUGACACCCAAGAAACAGAGCAUAAAACGGAAGAUGAACGCAAGAGAGGCCAUAGAAACACAGUAAGAAGGGCUUCAUGUCGGCGGAAAAAACAACCUAAUGUCCGAGAUGAAAAUGCACGAACCCUUCUUUUAUCAGACAACCCAACCAGCUGUAAAACAUUUCCUGGUUCAAAUACGGUCUCAUCUGGACUCAUCUAUGACAACGAGCUUCAAGAAACAGAGCAAAAAAGGAAGAAGAACGCAAGAGAGACCGUAGAAACGCCCUGAGGAGGGCUUCCUAUCGGCGGAAGAAACAAUAUAAUGUUCAAGUUGAACAUGCACAGACCCUUCAUUUAUCAGGCAACCCCGCUAGCUCUAACUAUACAUCAUUCUCGCGUGAUGCGCGGACAUUUCCUGAUACAACUACGGUCUCAUGUGGGGUCGUUAAUGACAACGAGCUACAAGAUGUGAUUUUGAAUGACACACAAGAAACAGAGGAAAAAACAGAAGAAGAACGCAAGAGAGACCAUAGAAACGCCCUGCGGCGAGCUGCUUAUUGGAGGAACAAGGAUAAGCAUAUCAAAGAUCAAAACAAACGUCCAUCUGGUACUUCAGGUAUACGCUUACGUUCAAUAUCCUUUUCGGAAGCCGGGCCCUACUAUUCUAGAUGGCACUCCUCCAGUGCCGAUAAAUCAAACUGUUCUAACUAUGUUUUGAAAAUAUUAUUGAUCCAGACGACCUGAAUAGCCCUAGCGUUACAGAAUUAAUGAAAGAGGGAGCAACAUGUCCCCCUUCAACUUUAGACGCGUCUGUCAUUCAGGACACUAUUCUAGCUAGGAGGCAAAGUGACAAUGAGCGGAAACGUAAUUUAACAAACGAGCAAAGGGAGGCAAAAAACGCAAGUAGCAGAGCAUGCCAUGAGAAGAAAAGUGACGAAUUAACGGUGGAGGUCAGAGAAACAAAGAAUGAAAAAAUACGCGUGAAUCGCGUGCAGCGCCGCAAAAGCAUGUCGGUGAUUGAGAAGGGGGAGUCAAGUGCACAGAGGAAGGCCAAUUAUGAAAGAAGGAAAAAACACCGUGCAAAGAAUGCAUCGCAAUCCCCCUUACAGACCUAGCAAACUCAACCUAUGAAUGUCCCACUUCCCCAAGCCGCGCAUCACCCGUCUCUCGGGCCGAAAAAGAUGAUUCAUCUGAUGGCGAUCCGGGGACGAACAUGCCGAGAUACUCUGCCGGUGCUGAUGAAGACAUCGAUGUAUUCCAAAGCGGCACCAUGGGCGAUGAGCAGGAAGCACACGACUUGAUUGAUGAGGAGUACUACAUGUUUUGCAACGAAGGAUCCGAUAACGACAUAUUGGAUGAUGACGAGGAAGCGAGCAUGUCUAGCGCUAAACCUAGCGAGAUUGAUCCAUUUGACACUGUCUACUCAAACAUUCCAAACAACACUCACAUCCUGAAAGUCGACGAAAAUUGCAAACAUUGCAAGGCCAGAAAGUUUGAGUCUGAGACUGAUGGCUUCUACUGUCGCAAUGGCCAGAUCCAGCUUAAGCAACCGGAACCAAUCCCAGAGCUUAUGAGGCUAUGGUCCAGCAUGGAUGCAGAUUCUAGACAUUUUCGGGAGAACAUACGUUUCUUCAACGGGCAUUUCGCCUUCACAACCCUUGGGGUCAGCCUUGAUGAAAACUACACUAACAUGAAGUCUGGGGUGUACAAAUUCCGAGCACACGGCACCAUCUACCACAAUGUCCAUUCGUUCGGGCCUAGCUCCCGUCCAGAACAUCUGCAGUUGUACUUCUAUGACGACGACCCUAACCUAAAUCAUCGUAAGGCGGCCACCAAGCAAUUAGACCAGGAUGUCGUGAAGAGGUUAGUAGACAUACUCAAAGAAAACCCAUACUCCCAGCAAUUUAGGAGUUUGGGUGCACACAAGGACAACCUCGAUGAUUAUAGGAUAGACCUAAACACCGAUAAGAGGCUUGACCAAAGAAGAUAUAAUAGACCGGUGUCAUCUGAAGUCGCUGCAAUUUGGGUUGAGGGCACUGACCUAGCAAAAAGGUUUGACCGCAGGAUAACACUUUGUGGUAACAACAACGAAAGGCAUAGUAUACGUGUGACCUCAGGGGCAUAUGACCCGUUGUCUUAUCCAUUAUUCUAUCCAAUGGGGGAGCUAGGUUGGCAUCCGAAGCUACCCAAACGUAAUGUUUCUUGGGAGGUUGUACAAAAUCCUCGUUUGUGUCAUGAUGACGAAGAUGAUGCAGAGGGGAAUAGCAGGUUAUGCGUCUCCGUUAGAGACUACUACUGUUACAUGCUGCAAACACGGUCUGCGAUCUUCAAUCCAAUACUUUGUGGAGCACGCCUACUGCAGCAAUGGACGGUUGACAUGUACAUCAAGAUUGAGAGCUGUCGGUUGAGGUGGUACAGGAAGAACCAGACGCAGAUCCGUGCCGAUUUGUAUAAAGGAGUUGUUGAUGCGAUCACAUCGGGUGAGACGCGAGCAAGCGUUGUUGGGGUAAGAAUAGUGCUCCCUGGAACUUACCCUGGUGGCGACCGCGACAUGAAGAAGAGACAUAUGGAUGCCAUGGCAAUUGUCCAUACAUACGGGAAGCCUGACAUCUUCUUGACCAUGACUUGCAACCAUAAAUGGGAAGAGAUAACAAAUGAGUUGCUUCCUGGACAGACGGCGCAAGACCGACCUGAUAUUGUGGCUCGCGUGUUCUAUGGCAAACUAGAGGCUAUGAAAGAUAUGUUGCUCAAGAAGAUGGUCCUGGGUGUUGUUGUUGCUUAUGUUUACGUAGUUGAGUUCCAGAAGAGAGGCCUCCCCCACGCACAUUUUUUGUUGAUCAUGGAUUCAACGUAUAAGCUUCUUGUCCCAGAGCAGUAUGACCGACUCAUUUCCGCAGAGCUCCCAGACAAGCAAAAGUAUCCGGAAUUGUAUGCAAUGGUGGUAAAACAUAUGAUGCACGGACCAUGCGGUGCUCUCAACCCGAAGAAUGUUUGCAUGCAAGAUAAUGAAUGCAAGUGCAGAUACCCGCGGCCGUUCAAUGAGAACACGAUACAAGGCAAGGACUCAUACCCAGUUUAUCGGCGUAGAAACGAUGGUAGACGCGCUAAGGUUCGAGGGAAAAUGUUGGACAACCGAUGGGUUGUGCCAUAUAACCCUUACCUUCUGCGGAUGUUUAAUUGCCACAUCAACGUCGAGGUCUGCUCUAGCAUAAAGGCUGUAAAAUACAUUUAUAAGUACAUUUAUAAGGGCCAUGAUAAGGCUUCUUUCAGCAUCGACCAGCCAGACGCUGAUGGUAACAUUGAUGAGAUCAAGAGAUACGUUGACGCAAGAUGGGUCACCCCUCCGGAGGCUAUGUGGAGGAUAUUUGGCUUCCCACUGUGUGCCAAUUACCCGCCUGUCUUGCAGUUGCCUCUUCAUCUCCCGAAUAUGCACAGGGUUGCAUUCAAUGCACAGGCUGACUUGAAGAAUGUUGUAUCCUCCGAGAAUGCUUCAAAAUCCAUGUUAACGGAGUAUUUCAAGGCAAACGAACUACACCCUUGGGCAAGGCAUAUAUUGUACAAGGAUUUCCCCGGAAGCUUCACGUGGGAGAAGAAAAAGAAGUUCUGGAAGAGGCGGGUGGAGCGUUUUCAAAUAGGUCGUAUCGUGUCUGCCAAUCCUGCCGAGGGGGAGCGAUACUACCUUCGUGUGUUGUUGAACCAUGUUCCGGGGAAAACAUCAUUUGAGGACUUGCUCACCGUCGACGGCGUGGUAUGUGGGAGCUUUAGAGAGUUCGGUGAAAGGUUGGGACUCAUCGAGGCAGACAACACGCUCGACGACUGUCUUACUGAGGCGGAGCAGUGGGCUAUGCCAUGUUCUCUUAGGAGGCUCUUUGCAACAAUCUUGGUGCACUGCGAGCCAGGCGACGUGCGCGGGUUAUGGGAUAGACACCUCGAGCCUAUGUCCGAUGACUACCGUCGGACACGCACGUCCCCGAACGAGGUGAAGCAGAUGGUGUUGCUUGACAUUAGGGGUAUGUUGCAGUCUAUGGGUAAAGACAUUAUUGAUUUUGCUCUUCCAACGAUCGAUGAUGCAUUUGACCCAACCGAGGGCGAGGCCAUAGAGAUCAUCGAGGAAUCAACCAUUGAGUUUGACGAAAGUGACACUAAAUUGUCAUCUUCCCUGAAUUUUGAGCAAAGGGCUGCAUACGACGAGAUACUAGCGGCUGUUGAACGCGGUGAUGGGGGUAUAUUCUUUGUUGAUGGCCCUGGAGGUACGGGGAAGACCUUCCUUUACAGGGCGAUGCUCGCCAAGGCGAGGCGCAAGGGCAAGAUUGCUAUCGCUACCGCGACGUCGGGCGUCGCUGCUUCUAUCAUGCCUGGCGGCAGGACUGCCCACUCGAGAUUCAAAAUCCCAUUGAGUUGUGAUGAUGGAGCCUCGUGCAGCUUCACCAAGCAGAGUGGGACCGCCAAGCUGCUAAGGAUGGCCUCAUUGAUACUAUGGGACGAGGCCAGCAUGACUAAGCGACAAGCGGUUGAGGCAUUAGACAAUAGCAUGCGCGACAUCAUGGGAAUACGCGACCGACCCUUUGGAGGAAAGACUGUUGUUUUUGGCGGGGACUUUAGGCAGGUGCUUCCGGUCGUCAGAAGGGGGUCACGGGGCCAGAUAAUUGAUGCAAGCCUCCGAAGUUCUCAUCUAUGGAAGAGUAUGCGGCAGCUUCAGCUCAUCACCAACAUGAGGGCUCAUAAUGACAAGUGGUUUGCAGAUUACUUGCUCAGGGACGGUAAUGGCACAGAGGAAGCCGACGAUCAAGGCAACAUACUACUCCCUGAUGAUAUCUGUCUGCCAUCUACAGGUGAGGUUGACGACCUGGAGAAGCUGAUUGACCACGUGUUUCCGAGUCUAGAUGACAACAUGGCAGAUUCAAGUUACAUGACAUCUCGCGCCAUCCUUUCCACGACAAAUGACAACGUCGACAAGAUAAACAUCCGCAUGAUAGAGCGUUUCCACGGAGAUGAAGUAAUCUACCAUAGCUUUGACAGUGCGGAGGAUGACCCAUAUGGCUACUACGCUCCUGAGUUUCUGAACGGAUUGACUCCCAAUGGUCUUCCUUCGCAUGCACUCAAACUAAAGCUGAAUUGCCCGGUGAUACUUCUAAGAAACAUUGAUCCAGCUAAUGGGCUGUGUAACGGGACUAGGCUUGUUGUUAGAGGUUUUGAGAGGAACACCAUUGAUGCAGAAAUCGUGAUUGGACAACACGCUGGUAGGAGGGUCUUCCUUCCUCGAAUACCUCUAUGCCCAUCUAACAACGACAUGUUUCCAUUCAAGUUUAAGAGGAAGCAAUUUCCUAUUAGGCUUAGCUUUGCUAUGAUGAUUAACAAGGCUCAAGGGCAGACCAUCCCAAUUGUUGGUGUGUAUCUACCUAAUCCGGUGUUCUCUCAUGGUCAACUCUAUGUUGCUUUGUCUCGAGCCACCGCGAAGAGAAACAUAAAAAUACUCAUUCAGAAGGAGAAGCCAAAGGAGAAGUCCAACAAGCAACAUAACAAUCCGAAGAAGCGUAAAAGACCGACCGUGUCCUUGCUGACCUCAAUGAAGAACAUCGUCUACAAGGAAGUACUUACAGGCUGAAGUAUGGUCUUAAUAGACCUGCUGGAUUUAUAGAUGCAAUUUACUCUUCCGAUGGUCAAGAAUUGCUAUAAUCGGUUCUAUGCCAUAUCUUUUCAUUUGGUAUCUUGGUUGUUGGAGGUAUACACCAAUCAGUUCAAGUAAUAACUGCAUUUCAAUAAAUUUAUACUGUGUUAUGUGUAAUCUGACAAUGUACAUGUCACACAGCGUACUGUGUUAUGUGUAAUAUGAGAAUCAGAAAUAAUGAUUGGCUUCA